ACAAAUUCCAUCACUGAUGUUUCCCACAGAAGUUCGACAGAGAAGUGAAAGCGGAGCUCUAAAGUUAUGAAAAUAUAAUCUGUUAAUCAAAUGAAAUAUACAUUUUUAUUUCACUAGUUGUAAAUAUUUCAUCCUUGGACAUGUUUGCGUGUAGCCCUACCUUGUAACGACAUUGUUUCCAGAAGGUGAUGAUCACUAACCGGCUGAUUAGUCAUUCAGCAGUUUGAACUCUUUAUCCAACUUUAUCCGCCAUGCCACCCACUCACAUUCCAGCUCUCAGAGAGGCGAGAUUACAUAGUUUCUAAUAAGGAGUUUCAAGUCUUAUAAAUGAGCGCUUAUUGCACUUUAAGCAUAUUAGCAUUUUAGUUUACUCAUUUAUACAGAAAGGUGUGUUAGCAGGUUUUUCUACAGGUGCACUGCGACCUCAAAGGGAGAUGGUCAGGCCUGAACCCAUCUACUCUGUGUUUACCUUUGUUGUGGAAUUCAGUUUUUAAAAAAUGUUGCACUUUCCUCCACAGCUCUCACGUUGAUAACGAGUUGCUUUGAAGAUGAAUAGCAUAAACAGAAGAAAAAAUGGUAACCAAUAAUCAAGUUAGGCCCAUAAUUACCACUGGCAGCAUUAAACAUGAACAUACUGGUGUACUCGUAAUUAUAAUCCAUUAUUCUGAUAUUGGCCAUUCUGCACUACUUUUGCUUAUUUAAUACUUUUUUCUUUUUACUUGAGUGAGCUAACUCGUAAAGACUAAGAAGUAUAUUUACCCUGGUGUUGCUAUGUUAAAGUUCUGAGCACUCUCUCCACCACUGCAACACAUAAAAAGGCUGCUAUGCAGAGUGCUGUAAAACACAACUGUCAGCGUGCACUAACUGACUCUCUGUGCCUGUCUUUCUUUCGCGCGCACUGCACGCUGACGCACACACUCAAGAUGGGAAUUUCAUAAACAGCCCGGAUCUUCUCCUGCCGUCACUGAGAAGGAGGCGGGUGCUAGUUGAAAGGGGGAGAAGGUCCAGACAGGAGCCGGGCAUGUUCAAACAUAUCCAGGCAGAGCAGCCUACCAACCCGCACGGUGUCCUGUCAUUGCGCACAGACGGAACUUAUUCACAAACCUUGUUGUAAUAGACAAAUGUGUUUAACAUCAUCUUUACUGUAGCGAAUCUGUUUCCCCGAGGGACGUUGAUACGGCUAGACACGCGAUGCGUAUUUAAUAGAUUCAGUAUCUAUCAGAGGAUUAAGUUGUCUAGUGUCUGGUACUGAAGAGGUUCUUUCAGCGUGGAAAUGUCGUUCGCGGCCAAGGCGAUGAGAGACGGACUGCUAGAGAAGCGCAGCAGCGGACUUCUCCAGCUGUGGAAGAAGAAGCGCUGCGUCCUCACUGAGGACGGGCUGCGCCUGCACAACUGCAAAGGAGGCGGCGGUGAUGCUCCGGGUUUGGCGUCGAGCUCCAAAGUCAAGGAGCUUCACUUUGAGCGCAUGGUCACGGUGGACUGCGUGGAGUAUAAGCGAGGGCUGGUGUACUUCACUGUGGUCAUGGUUACGGGCAAGGAAAUUGACUUUCGGUGUCCGCAGGACGGCACAGCGUGGAACGCAGAGAUUGCUCUGGCUUUGGUGCGCUAUAAGAACCUACAAGCCGUGCAGACCGGGAGGAACCGGCACCUGUCUACGGGACACCUGGGCAGCACUGGGGAGGACGAGGAGCUCUGAUUGUCGAAGCCUUCCUACUUCCUUGGAGGGAAUCAAUAAGAAGGGGAAAGUAGUACAACUCACCAGAUCCAGAGGAUGCACAAAAAGGUCAUCAGUGACCAUGGAACAAACGACUGAGAACAAGUGUCACAGAAACUCAUCUUGUCUUCCCUCAUUCACUUGCAGUCAUUCAAAGUAUAGGAAUCUGAUAAACUGUGGAUAAAGACUUUGUUUCUGUCCUGAUCUCAUUGCUUAAGGAGAAUUUGGAGACUCCUGCAUAAAAAAGCUGUUUUCUGGGAACAGUUUACCCUUUGUGCCUUGAUGUUUCCGUAGCAUCUUCAUUUUUGAACAUCAUUUUGCGACAGUUUUUGACGCUGCUGAAACCGGAGUCGAUUUGUUCUGCAGGCUUGUUUUUGAAGGAUUGGUAUGACUUACUUUGAAAACUUACAGAAUGAGCAGAUCUUUGAGGUUUUCUAAAGAUGGAAUUGAAGUAUUUUGUUUCUGAUAUAUUGCACUCUGUAUACUACAUAUUUGCUUAAACCAUGUACAGUAUUAGAACUGUAAAAUAAUAAUAAUAAAUUUUUGUAAUCCA